CGUCUUUGCACACCAUCGGAUUCGGAAAUCGUUCUCUUCCUCAAAUCUCGUUCUGUUUUUCCCAAUUCUCUCUCGAUUCGUCAUCGCCAAGCUCUGAAGAUGCAGAUCUUCGUCAAAACCCUAACCGGCAAGACCAUCACUCUCGAGGUGGAGAGCUCCGACACGAUCGACAACGUCAAGGCCAAGAUCCAGGACAAGGAGGGCAUCCCGCCGGAUCAGCAGCGCCUCAUCUUCGCCGGCAAGCAGCUCGAGGACGGCCGUACCCUCGCCGACUACAACAUCCAGAAGGAGUCCACGCUUCACCUCGUGCUCAGGCUUCGCGGUGGCAUGCAGAUCUUCGUCAAGACCCUCACCGGGAAGACCAUCACGCUCGAGGUCGAGAGCUCCGACACGAUCGACAACGUCAAGGCCAAGAUCCAGGACAAGGAGGGCAUCCCGCCGGAUCAGCAGCGUCUGAUCUUCGCCGGCAAGCAGCUCGAGGACGGCAGGACCCUCGCCGAUUACAACAUCCAGAAAGAGUCCACGCUUCACCUUGUCCUUAGGCUCCGCGGAGGUAUGCAGAUCUUCGUCAAGACCCUGACCGGCAAGACUAUCACGCUCGAGGUCGAGAGCUCGGACACGAUCGACAACGUCAAGGCCAAGAUACAAGACAAGGAAGGCAUCCCUCCAGACCAGCAGAGGCUCAUCUUCGCCGGGAAGCAGCUGGAAGACGGCCGCACCCUUGCUGAUUAUAACAUUCAGAAGGAGUCGACCCUCCAUCUCGUGCUGCGGUUGAGGGGAGGUAUGCAGAUCUUCGUGAAGACCCUGACUGGGAAGACCAUCACGCUCGAGGUCGAGAGCUCGGACACGAUCGACAACGUCAAGGCGAAGAUACAAGACAAGGAAGGCAUCCCACCGGACCAGCAGCGGCUCAUCUUCGCCGGGAAGCAGCUGGAAGACGGCCGCACCCUUGCUGAUUACAAUAUCCAGAAAGAGUCGACCCUCCAUCUCGUGCUGCGGCUGAGGGGAGGUAUGCAGAUCUUCGUGAAGACCCUGACUGGGAAGACAAUCACUCUGGAGGUGGAGAGCUCGGACACAAUCGACAAUGUGAAGGCCAAGAUUCAGGACAAGGAGGGUAUUCCACCGGAUCAACAGCGGCUGAUCUUCGCUGGGAAGCAGCUGGAGGAUGGUCGCACCCUCGCCGAUUACAAUAUCCAGAAGGAGUCUACCCUGCACCUUGUUCUCCGUCUCCGCGGCGGCUGUUUCUGAAGAGACGGGCAUGUCCUCUUUCUGAUAAAGUCAGGAGUCCUCACAGUCGUCUUGUGAUUUCAUCUGGUGUCAUGGUGCUUAAAAGUGGCCAUUUUUCAGUAGUAUAAGCUUGUUAGCCAUAGCUGGUUCUGGUGUAGUUUUUCUUUAAUGUGAAUCAUGAAUGAAUAAACCUUUGAAUA